UCAUCACACCGCUAGACUUCAAUCCAAAGCCGGGCCAGACUGGGAGUACCAACGGGACUGUUGUGACGGACUAAUGACAGCGGCUCUAACUGGAGGAACUUGAACGCACUUCUUUGCCAUAGCCUUUUUACGGACUAUAUUGUUUCAGUUCGCCUGCGUAGUGGGGGGAAUUGCCGGGCGCCGUUGCAAUGGAUGAUGGGAAGCCAGUGUGGGCGCCCCACCCGACAGAUGGGUUCCAGCUGGGCAUGAUCGUGGACAUCGGGGCCGACACCCUGACAAUAGAGCCCCUCAACCAGAAAGGCAAGACCUUUCUGGCAUCCAUGAGCCAAGUGUUCCCAGCGGAAGAGGACACCAAUAAACAUGUGGAAGACAACUGUGCCCUCAUGUACUUGAACGAAGCGACGCUACUGAACAACGUGCGCAUUCGCUACAGCAAAGACAGAAUCUAUACGUAUGUGGCCAACAUCCUGAUUGCUGUGAACCCCUACUCGGACAUCCCUAAGCUGUACGCUCCAGAGACCAUCAAAACCUACCAGGGCCGAUCUCUGGGCACGCUGCCUCCUCACGUCUUCGCUGUCGCUGAUAAGGCCUACCGUGACAUGAAGGUCCUGAAGAUGAGCCAGUCCAUCAUCGUCUCAGGAGAAUCAGGUGCAGGGAAGACAGAAAACACCAAGUUUGUCCUCAGAUAUUUAACAUCUUCAUACGGAACGGGUCAAGAUAUUGAUGAGAGAAUAGUUGAAGCUAACCCCUUGCUGGAAGCCUUUGGCAACGCAAAGACAGUCCGAAAUAACAACAGCAGUCGCUUUGGCAAGUUUGUGGAGAUUCAUUUCAACGAAAAGAAUGCCGUGGUGGGGGGCUUCGUGUCCCACUACCUGCUCGAGAAGUCGCGCAUCUGCAUGCAGAGUAUUGAGGAGCGUAACUACCACAUCUUCUACCGGCUGUGUGCUGGCGCCUCGGAAGACAUCCGCAGCAUGCUGCACCUCAACUCACCAGACUCCUUCAGGUACCUGAACCGCGGCUGCACGCGUUACUUUGCCAGCAGGGACUCCGAUAAGCAGAUCAUGCAGAACCGGAAGAGUGCUGAGCACGUGCAGGUGGGGGCGCUGAAGGACCCGUUGCUGGACGACCAGGGCGACUUCAACAGGAUGUGCACGGCCAUGAAGAAGAUCGGCCUGGACGACACGGAGAAGCUCAACCUGUUCCGCGUGGUGGCCGGCGUGCUGCACCUCGGCAACAUCGACUUUGAGGAUACAGGGAGCACCUCUGGCGGCUGCACCCUGAUGAACCAGUCCAGCCUGACGCUGAAGCACUGUGCCGAGCUGCUGGGUCUGGACGAGGAGGACCUGAGGGUCAGCCUCACCACCAGGGUCAUGCUCACCACAGCAGGGGGUGCCAAAGGCACGGUCAUCAAGGUGCCCCUGAAGGUGGAGCAGGCCAACAAUGCGCGUGAUGCGCUGGCCAAGGCCGUCUACAGUCGCCUCUUCGACCACGUGGUCAAGAGGGUCAACCAGUGCUUCCCCUUCCAGACCUCCUCCAACUUCAUUGGGGUCCUGGACAUCGCUGGCUUUGAAUAUUUUGAGCACAACAGCUUUGAGCAGUUCUGCAUCAACUACUGCAACGAAAAGCUCCAGCAGUUCUUCAACGAGCGCAUCCUGAAAGAGGAGCAAGAGCUGUACCAGAGAGAAGGCCUGGGGGUCAACGAGGUGCACUACGUGGACAACCAGGACUGCAUAGACCUGGUGGAGGCGAAGAUGGUGGGCAUCCUGGAUAUCCUGGACGAGGAGAACCGUCUGCCCCAGCCCAGCGACCAGCACUUUGCAGAGGCCGUACACAACAAGCACAAGGACCACUUCCGCCUCACGGUCCCCAGGAAGUCAAAGCUGACUGUGCACAGGAACUUGCGAGAUGAUGAAGGCUUCAUCGUCAGGCACUUUGCCGGAGCGGUGUGUUACGAAACGAUGCAGUUCGUGGAGAAGAAUAAUGAUGCCCUCCACAUGUCCUUGGAGAGCCUGGUGUGUGAGUCCAAGGACAAGUUUGUGAAGGAUCUCUUCGAGAACUUCAGCAAUUCCCGAGACUCCAAGCAGAAGGCCGGCAAACUCAGCUUCAUCAGCGUCGGCAACAAAUUCAAGACCCAGCUGAACCUGUUAUUAGAGAAGCUGCGCAGCACGGGCUCCAGCUUCAUCCGUUGUGUGAAGCCCAACCUGAAGAUGGUGCCCCAUCAGUUCGAGGGUGCCCAUAUCCUCUCACAACUGCAGUGCUCUGGCAUGGUGGCUGUGCUGGACCUCAUGCAAGGUGGCUUCCCCUCCAGAACCCACUUCCACGAGCUCUACAACACGUACAAGCAGUACAUGCCCGACAAGCUCACCCGGCUGGACCCCCGGCUAUUCUGCAAGGCUUUGUUCAAGGCGCUGGGUCUGAAUGACAAAGAUUACAAGUUUGGUCUCACCAGGGUGUUCUUCCGUCCAGGGAAGUUUGCGGAGUUUGACCAGAUCAUGAAGUCUGACCCGGAGCAUCUGCUGGAGCUGGUGAAGCGCGUCAACAAGUGGCUGGUGAUGAGCCGCUGGAAGAAGGUGCAGUGGUGUGCGCUCUCCGUCAUCAAGCUAAGGAACAAGAUGUGCUACAGAGCCCAGGCCUGCAUUAAGAUUCAGAAGACGGUGCGCAUGUGGUUAUGCAAGAAGACACACAAGCCGCGUGUGGAUGGGCUGGUGAAGGUGCGGAACCUGAAGAAAACUUUGGAGAAGUUCACGGCGGUGGUGGGCGGGCUGAAGGAGGGCAAGCAGGACAUGGUGAAGCAGGUGCAGGAGCUGGGAGCCGCCAUCGACACACUCAUGGCCAAGAUCAAGAGCACGGUGAUGACUCGCGAGCAGAUCGAGGAGGAGUACGAGGGCCUGGUGAAGCGCUCAGAGGGCCUGCUGUCCUCCAUGCAGAAGCAGAAGCAGGAGGAGGAGGAGGGCGAGAGGCUGAGGCGCAUCCAGGAGGAGAUGGAGAGGGACCGCAAGAGGAGGGAGGAGGAGGAGCAGGCCCGCAAGCAGGAGGAGGAGGACCGACGCCUGAAAGCGGAGAUGGAGCAGAAGAGGAAGCAGGAGGAGGAGGAGCGCAAGAAGAGGGACGAGGAAGAGCGCCUCCUGCAGGGUGAGAUGGAGGCGCAGCUGGCUGUGGAGCGUGAGGAGGCGUCCCAGCGGCAGGCGGUGCUGGAGCAGGAGCGGCGCGAUCGCGAGCUGGCCAUGAGGAUCGCCCAGAGCGAAGCAGAACUCAUCCAGGACGACACACAGAUAGACCCCGCACUACGCAGUGAUAACAGUAAUAUUCUGUCUUAUUCCCUCUCCUCUUUACUCUGUUCUGCCUGUAGGGGUGUGCAAGUCCAGGCCACCAAGGCCGCGGCCGGCGUCAAGAAGUACGACCUGAGCAAAUGGAAAUACGCAGAGUUACGUGACGCCAUCAACACCUCAUGUGACAUCGAGCUUCUUGCCGCCUGCCGGGAGGAGUUCCACCGCCGCCUGAAGGUGUACCACGCCUGGAAGUCAAAGAACAAGAAGCGCAACACCGACACCGAACAGCGGGCGCCCAAGUCAGUCACCGACUACGCCCAGCAGAACCCGGCGCCGCCCGUGCCUGCGCGGCAACAGGAGGUCGCCAUGAACCGGCAGCAGCGCUACUUCCGCAUCCCCUUCAUCCGGCCGGCCGACCAGUACAAGGACCCGGCCAAUAAGAAGAAGGGCUGGUGGUACGCCCACUUCGACGGGCCCUGGAUCGCACGCCAGAUGGAGCUCCACCCCGACAAGCACCCCAUCCUGCUGGUUGCUGGUAAGGACGACAUGGAGAUGUGCGAGCUGAGCCUGGAGGAGACGGGCCUGACGCGCAAGCGCGGCGCUGAGAUCCUGCCGCGUCAGUUCGAGGAGAUCUGGGAGCGUUGCGGGGGAAUCCAGUACCUCCGAAACGCCAUCGAGAGCAAGCAAGCCAGGCCCACUUACGCCACCGCCAUGCUGCAGAACCUUCUCAAGUGAGAAUGGAGCCCUGCCCGCAACACCCAACCCUCCCAACCUCCAACCUCCACACCCCACCGUCCUGGCCCAUUCGGCAAUACUGCACCGUACCUUACACUACACACCUCAGAACCUCCUCAAGUGAGGAUGGAGCGCUGCCGCAACACCCAACACCACCAGCCUCCAACCUCCACACCCACCGUCCUGUUCCAGUCGUUAAUACUGCACCGCACCAUACACUACACUACAGAACCUUCUCAAGUGAGGAGCGCUGUCUGAAAGAAGAAGGAAAAAUCUGCGCAUUUGCUGAUCACCGAUUUAUUGAACACAACGUUUCGACCUCAGGCUGUCUUCGUCAGGUGUAUAGGUACCUAUACAUCUGAAACGUUGUGUUCAAUAAAUCGGUGCGCAGAAACAGUGUGCGGAUUUUUCCUUCUUUUAUGCACGUUUGUUUGAUCCAGCACCUGUUUUACUGGAUGUGCGCGCAUCACUUACACUACUUUUGGAGCGCUGUUUGACCCAUCACCCUUGUACUCUUUGUCCUGUCCCUUUGACAAAUACUGUAUCACCUGUGCUGUACCUUACCAUACCGUACACUUACACUACACUAGAAAAUCUCCUCAAGUUAGUAGCGCUGCCUCAUCAACACACCACCUCACCCACAUUGGUCACCCAGUCUCCUCAAAUGAGAAACACUGCCUCACCACCCUCCCCUACCCUGUACUGUGCUGUACCAUACACUACACCAUACAUUACACUGUACCUAUCUUGGUUUUGUUUACGGUUUCUGGUUGAUUAGACUCAUUUUGCUGCAGAACCUCCUCAAUGAGGAUCACUGCCUCACCAACCCUCCUCCAUACCCCCCCACCUGCCCCAUUUGCCAGUACAGUACUGCAGCCACCCGUACACUACUCUAUCUGGUUCCGUAUAUCUGGUUGAUUUGGCUAGUCUUGUGCUGUAUAGUAUGGCACAAAGGGAAAAGGAUAUGCAAAAACACCCAAAAAUGAUCCCACAAAUAAUCCCACCACUCCCAAAUGUUGCUCGGGCUUUCCCUCAACUCUACUCAUUUCAUCAAACACCCCUCCUCCCCCAAAGUUGUCUUCUUUUUUUGUUGUUGACAUAUUUAAAGCGUACAUUUCCUAUUUUAUGUCCUCUCUGUUUGUCUGUUUGUAUGAUUUUGCUGUGACACUUUAUAGAUGACGAUUUGUGAUUUGUAUUGGUUUUUUUUUCUUCUUUUUGUUGCAAAUAUGACUUAUGCUUGAACUCAAAACUAAAAAAAUGGGGCCUUCUUCUCGUGGUAUUGUAGCUUUUCCUGAUGUGUUUAGUAUAUGAUGGAGAAAAGUUCCAGAUCUUACUCUAGUUUUUUUGGUUUCUAUUGUUUCGAGAUUCAUUUUCUGUGACCGUUUUCAAUGAGGAAAUGAAUGUGUCAGUGUCUUUUUAAUUGCGACUGGAUCUCUUGGGUUUAAAGCCUCCCACCCCUCUUAGAUGAAGUCUGUGAUCUGCGAGCUAAAGAUGUUUCCUAGGUGUAACGCAUUAGGUCAUUGACUUUGUUUCAUGCUGUUUAUUGGGUUGACUGUGCAAUUAUUCAUUUGGCAAUAACACCACACAGAAACAGCCAGAAGUUGACAGACAAGCUGAAGGUUAGAAUUUACAAGCACCGUGCAUGCGUCUGACUGUGUGUUUCUUGAUCUUACAUUACCACAGUUUCAGAGCAAAAAAUUGUGUGUGUGUGUGUGUGUGUGUGUGUGUGUGUGUGUGUGUGUGUGUGUGUGUGUGUGUGUGUGUGUGUGUGUGUGUGUGUGUGUGUGUGUGUGUGUGUGUGUGUGUGUGUGUGUGUGUGUGUGUGUACAUCAGGCUAGAAUGAUAUACAGUAGCAAUAGCGGCUGCCUUCAGAAUCUCACGAACCUUCUAUUUUUGGAAUCUUUUUUUAUUGGCCAAGAAGGUUUAUGAUGAGACUACAAAGUAUUCAUUAUUCAUUGGCUUAUUUUUAUUUUCUCUGCGGUUUUGUACCUCCAUUAUAAAAAAAAGAGAAACAACUCGGUUGAAGAGAGCCGGAAUAUUUCCUCCCAGUAAUAUAUGGAGGUGAGCCUAGGCGCUGGAGUCGCGUGAAUGAUUUGCUGUGAUGUCUCCGGCAGUACCGACCGAGGAGGCCUUAACCCUGCCUCUCUGGAAUCCUUAUUUGUGGACGCACUAAAUGUAAAGCAAGACCCCGUUAAGAACUGGAGAGAACAUUUUACGCUGAUGUGCUUACGCAGUUCACCAGCAGUCAAAUCGAGUUAUUUAAAAUAAAAUGUGUAUGAAUAAUUACAGGACAUGAGAUGCUGAGCAAUUUUGCUGGGAUUGUCAUAUAGCGGUAGAAUAUGAAGUAGACAAGGGGCAAGUGCAGUUUCUAACCUAAUUUGUAACCUGUGCAGAUUGCUUCUUUGCUGUGCUGAGAGCCCUAGUAUAGGCAGACUAUAUUAACUUAUAUGAGGAUAAUACAGUGGGAAUGUGAUCCAAGUGAUGUGCAAUCAUGCGCUUCUGUAUAGAAACAUGAUAAGUUCUGUGCUGGGAAGGGUGAUGGUAAUCUGGAAAUUUUACAACAUCAUUUGACUAACAUGAGUCUUGUUGGGAGAUGGUAAAAGGUUAUUUGAGAUACGGUGCAAGACUUGUUGUUGGGGUUUGAUUGUACUCUAGUGCUGCUUUUUAUUUAUGAUGCUUGAUCUCUUGCUUUUGUGGCACGAGCACUAUUCUAUUUCAUCAUGUAAAUGUGGUUGUGAUAGCAGUGCAAUGGCACAUAACCUUGAUACCGGGAUUCCAAGGAGAUGACUUGAUUGAUUGAUUGAUUUGCCUGUUCUUCCGUACUUAUCAGAUUUUUUUCUUUUCUUUCCCCCAUGGAGUCACACUCUGCUCGCAGCAAGACAGGUGUGGUGAAUUGGUAUAAACACUACUAGAGGGUCACUGCAUUGUGAAAAAAAUGUCAAAUUGUUGGUCGUAAUGUGCUAUCAUAAUAAACUUCAUUUC